GUGCACAACUAUUACGAGCAGAGGACACAGGAGCGAGACUAAGACAAGCAGAGACAAAUGUGCACAGAUGAGAUGCCUAAUAAAGUACAGGAGGUAGCAGAGCCGAAGCAAGAAGGUAUACAGCAAGGUCUAUAAACUGGAAGACAUGGAUGGUCAAAAGGGACUAACCAUCGACCAUCUCAUGGAUGGAGCACUGGUCACAUGGAUCCGAACCUUUGAGCAAUCUCGUGCAUUUGACUGUGGACCACUAUCUCCUAUGAAAGAUCCUCUGAGAGAAUAUCUGCAAUUGACUACAGGAUGCUCCCUGCACUACAUCAUGAGUUAUAUUGACUCCCGUCCGUACCAUGGAAAUGUGGAUCUCCACGGGCUGAAAAUGAGACUGCGAUCUUAUUACCAGGAUGAACUCCAGCAAUUGAUCCUGAUGUCACUUCCAGACACACAUCUUAUCUCUCAGGACCCAGUUUCAGAUGCCUCCCUGAAAGAGAUGGAGAAGAUUUUAUCACUGAUGCUUGGAGCUGCUGUACAGGGAGAGAGUCGUGAAGAAAUAAUAGGUGGAAUUCGUAGUCUAAAUUUAGAUUUCCAAACCAACUUGGCGGAGAAAAUUCAGGAGAUGACUCAAGACCCUCAGAAAGUAUUAGUUCUCCCAGAGUCAGAGUUGUGUCAGCUCUCCCAUUCUGACCUGGAGGAUGUGGUCCAUGUGUUAUGUGCUCACUUAAAGGAAAUCCUGAAGCAGAGAGAUGAUGCUCUGGAGCGGCAUUCAAUCAUCCGAUGUGACCAACAGAAAAGAACGACUGAUCCGAGGUCACAAGCAGUGUCUCAAAAUGUGAUUUCUGAUCCAAAUGCUUGGCAAAAUCAUUCUCUGCGCAUUGCAGAUCUGCAGAGCAAGCUACGUCGUGUACGUCAAGAGCUGGAAGAGAAAUCAGAGGAAUUACUUGACAGUCAACAACAAGUUCAAUUACUAGAGGUGGAGUUACGAAAAAUGCACCAGCAGGUCUGUGAACUCUCCCAAAUGGCUGCACAGUCUCGUAGUUAUCGUGAUGAACUUGAUGCGCUAAGAGAGCGUUCACGGCGCUCUGAGGGACAAGUAAAUUCUCUCAUGGAGAAGUUACGCACCAUGGACCUUGUUCAACGAGCGUUACAGGAAGAGAAAGAGUUUUCAAGAAGUUUAUUGGAAGAUAAAGAAGUGUUAGAACAUCAACUUUCUGCAGAAAGGGAACGUUCAGAAAGACUGCGAAUGUGCGAGAGAGAAAAGCAGUUACUUGAAGAGAAGCUGAAGAGAACUGAAAUGGAGAGAGACUCGGAGGGCCAAAGAGUGCAGAGUCUGCUUCAUGAUAAUCUAACUCUGGCAGAAGAGAUACGAAUGUUAAGGGAAGAGACCACUCAAGUUUGGGAAAGAGUGUAUGAGACUGAUGGUACUACAGUCCCAAAGUGGGAAAUAAGGCCUGUGACUGAGAGGGAAGAAAGUUGGGAAAAACAGGACACUGAAGCUGAAUUUUUGGACCUAAGCUCAGAGAUGUCCCAAGUUGUUCUACGUUUGGAGAAAGAAAAUCAGUGCCUAAGAGAAAGACUGCAGGUUCUUACUAGACAUAAAAUAGAACUGGAGAACACAGGACAACACCCUUUAGAGCAAAAAGAGGUAGAGGAUCGGAUCGCCGACAAAUUGGGGGACUUGUGUGUCAGAGAGGAGCCAGAUGGUGGCAGCUUAGUGGAUAAACAUCUUUCUGGAGAUGGAGACAGGGGUGAUAAAGAAAGGAAACAAUCAGAGGGAGAUAUUGACAAUGAACAACCGAAAAAUACGAAGACAGAAACUAAUGGUGAAAAGUCAGUCAAAAUUAUCAAAGGAAUUGAUCAAUCAAAACAAAAAAUUGGAAAUGGUACAGAAAGUAACAGACAUUUCAUAGACACUGAUUAUGAUGAUCAGGUAACUGAAAGACAAUUAAAAGAAACAUCUUCAGAAAUGCUGCAGUCAGCAGGUGUUCGUUCAUAUAGCCCUAAUACUGCAAAUCUGAAGAAGGAACAAUUCGAGCUAUGUUUUGACGAGAUACAAUCCCUAAAUAUGCAGCUUGUAAAUAGUAUUGUAGAAGCACAGUCAUUAAAAACUCAGCUGGAAUCAAGCACUGGAGAAGUGCAGUCAAUAAAGACCCUGUUAGAAUUGAGUGCUGUGGAGGUCAACUCAUUACAGUCUCAACUGGACCUAAAAACUGGGGAAGAGCAAACUGUAAAGACACAGUUUGAAUUAUGUCAGAGAGAAGUUCAGACAUUAAAAACACAACUAGAAUUGAGCACCACACAAGUAAAAUCUCUUACUACACAACUGGAGCAGAGUACUGGAGAGUUACAGUCAUUAAAAACGCAACUUGAACAGAGUGAUGGAGAAGUACAGUCUCUGAAGGCCCAACUAGAAAUGAGCACAAAUAGGGAGCAAUCUCUGAAUGCACAACUGGAAUUAUUAUCUGGAGAGGUAAAGUCACUGAAGACACAGUUGGAGCUGAGUGCUGGAAGGGAACAAUCAGCAAAAACACAGCUGGAUGUGAGUGUUGCAGAGGUACAAUCACAGGAUAUUCAACUCAAGUUGAUUUCUGGAGAGUCAAGAUCACUAAAAACACAGCUAGAGCUGAAUAAUAGAGAGCUCCAAUCACUACAGACGCAGUUAGAAUUGAGAUCUGAAGAGAUUCAAUCAUUGAACACACAGCAGAAAUUGAGUGCUGAAGAGGUAGAAACACUGAAGACCCAGCUGGCAUUAAGUUAUGCCGAGGUGCACUCUUUAAAUACAAAGCUUGAAUUGGGUGAUGCUGAGAUACAGUCAUUGAACAGACAGGUGCAAGAGAAAGAAAAUGAAAACACAGUGUUACAAGGACAAUUUCACGAGAUGCUUGUAGAGAUAAAGUUAUUAAAACAACAAUUAUCCGAUAUGAAAGAGUCACACUUACUUAAGCAACAUCUACAAGAAAAUUCUGAGGAGAUGCAGUUCUUAAAAAAGCAGCUAGCAGCCAGCACAAGAGAUAUGCAAUCCAUAAAGAUGCAUCUCCAAGAAAGAGAGGAACAAUCAUUAAAGAGGCAAGUUAAAGAAAGCACAAGUGAAAUAGAGAUACUAAAAAGACAACUAGGUGAGAGAACUGCAGAGGCUCAAACACUUAAAGCAACCUUAGAAAAAAGAGAAGAAGUAGAAAAGAUAUGGGAAAAGCAACUGCAGGAAAAAUCUGGAGAAAUACAUCUGCUCCGAAAAAAUUUAGAAAAUAGAGAAGAGUUGGAGAAUUUAGUGAAGAAGCAGCUGGAAGAGAAAACUGUUGAAAUGCAGAUUAUAAAGAAAAACCUGGACAAAAGAGAACAAACAGAGCAUAUGCUGAAGAAACAGCUCCAAGAAAGAUGUAAUGAAGCAAAUCAACUCACAAGGAAUAUAGAAAAAAGAAAUGAAUUAAUUAAGUUACUGGAAAGUCAACUGGAAGAGAGAACAGGGGAGAUAAAAAUACUUAAGAGAAGCUUGGAAAAGGAAGAUGAACUAGAACAAUUACUGAAAAAGCAGUUAAAAGAGAAAACUGAUGAGACGAAAGAACUCAGGGAGAACUUGGCCAAAGAAGGAGAAUUUCAGCAGGUUAUUAAAAGACAACUGGAUGACAAAGUGGGUGAAAUACAAGAUCUUAAACAGAAGUUGGCAAAUAGGGAAGAAUUAUAUGAGUUGGUACAAAGACAACUGGAGGAAAGGACAUCAGAGGUGCUGGAACUCAAAAGAAACUUGGAAAAAAUAGAAGGCAUAGAACAGCUAGUUAAGAAACAACUGGAAGAGAGCACCAUUGCCAUUCAGUUUCUUCAAAAGCAGUUGCAAAACACUUGUAAUGAUGGACAAUUAUUGAGACGAGAGCUUGAGCAGAGUCAAAGAGAAAAGAUAUCAGAGUGUAGGAAACUGGAAGAAAGUUCUCAAAAACUAAAGACCCUAAAGAUACAGUUACAAGAAAAAGACACAAUGAUUCAGUCUUUAAAGAUGCAACUCAAGGAUAUGGAGGAGAAAUGUCUUCAGAGUCAUCUUCAAGAGAACACAAAUGAGACUGAUACACUGGUGACUCUGACAGCAGAAUCAACUUCAUUGAAAAGCCAGCUUCAUGGAAUGUCAGAGCAAAUUGAAAGUCUGACUAGAAAAAUACAAAAAAGUGCAGAGAAAGAGGAUACUUUACUUAGAAGGAUUAAAGAGUGUGAGACAGAUAUACAUGCCCUGCAAAAACAGCUAGAAGAAAGAGAAGAACAAAUAUUACUUCAGGGAAGGCAACUAGAUGAAAGUGUGGGAAAGCAGCAGUCCCUAAACCGAAAGUUGGAAGAGAGUGACUGGGAAUUGCAAGUACUUAAGAGGCACUUAGAGGAAAAUGAAGGCAGGAGGAAAGUGCAGCAAAGACAACUAGAAGAACAUUCAAGAGAAAGACAAUCAUGUCAGAACCUCUUGAAAGAGAAUGAGGAAGAAAUACAGUCUUUGAUAAGACAAUUGAAAGACAAAGAUAUAAGUGAGAUUUCACUAAGGAGACAGAAUAAAGAAAAAGCAGAAGAGAUAGAGUCCCUAAAAAGGCAACUUCAAAAAGAUAUAGAAGAAAUAGAAUCACAAAAAAGACAUCUAGAAGAGAGAAAUGGGGAAAAUUUUAUGCUCAACAGACGCUUGGAGGAAAGAGAGCAGCUAUUAAAGAGACAACUGGAGGAAAACAUUGCAGAACUCCAGUUCCUAAGGAGACAGCUACAAGAAAGUGCUGAACAAGAGAAGUCAUGGAAGAUCCAAAUAGAGGAAAAUGAAAGAGAAAUGAUGUGUUUGAAACGGCAGUUAGAUGAGAGAAUUUUGCAAGCUUCAGAGAAACAAAAACAUGAGAGUUCAGAGAUUCAAAUUCUGAAGAAACAGCUAGAUGAAAUGACCAGAGAAAGACAGUACAUGCCCAAUUUAAUUCAUGAAGAAAAGCAGUCAGGGACUGGUGAGGUAAAUUCACUGGAAAAACAAAUGCAGCAGAAAGAUGAACAGACACAAUGUCUAAUGAAACAACUUCAAGUAAGUUCUAAAGAGGCAGAAAUCUCUCAGAAACUACUCCAAGAAAAAGAAGCAGACAUAAAAACCCUUAAAAUCCAGUUAGAAGAAAUCACGGGAAAAGAACAUUUACUAAUAAAACAGCUAAAAGAAAGGGAGAUAUAUGAGCAGUCUCUUAAAUGCAAACUGGAUGAGAGCAAAAAGAUGGCAGAACUAUUUCAAAGACAGUUGCAAGAAAGUGCUGAAGAUAUUCAGGUUCUUAAAAGUCAGCUAGAGCAGAAAGCUGGAGAAAAGACAUCCUACAAAAGAAAAGCUGAAGAUAAAACAAACAACAGUUUUCAAGAGGCAGAGCCUCGAAAAAGGCACUCGGAAGCAAACUCUGGAGAAAUAGUUUCAGUGAAGAGAUUGCUGCAAGAAGGUCAGGAGCUAAAAUUAAGCGGACGACUAAAAGAAAACAAGUCGCUAAGCCCACAACCAUCAACAUUUUCAGAAUAUGUUUGUAUUCCGUGUGGUUUUGAAACCAUAAAUAUUGAAUCCACUUCUUCAUUUCUCAAGAGUGUACCUUUUACCUCAGAAACAACAACCCUCUCUGGAUUUAAAAUCAACACUGUAUCUUCUGGUCAGGCGACCUCCACAACAGAUUUACCUUCUACAUCUGAUCCAAAUUCUGUUCAUAUACCUCUUUCUGCAAGAGAAUCACCCCUGUCUCUGCUACUUAUAGAACUGCAUGGUGUACGAAGAGAGCGUUCAGAUUUACAAGGACGUUAUGACUCCCUUCUUAGGGACCUACAAAGACAGGAGGGAGAGCUGGAAAGGAUGCAGAGAGAACUGAGACGAGGUCGGAAUGCUAUGAGAGUCCUGAAACAAGAACAUCGUGAACUGCAGGAGAGGUUCUCUCAACUGUCUAUACAAGGAGAGCAAAUCCAGCAGGAGCAGCAAAGAAAGGUGCAAGAGCAGAUGGAUAGAGCUAACGAAUUUCAAAUGGAAAACAAGAGACUACAGGAGGAAAACAAGAGACUUGAAGAGGAGCUGUCUCGAAUAGAAAAGACUUAUACUGAAAAGACCUCAGAGCUAAGAGAAAUGAAGAGACAGCUAGGAGCUGAACAGAGACAGCGAGAACAGCUUGAGAGAGAGCGCAUGGAAUUGAAGGAAUGUGUACAACGCAUGGAGAUUAGCAAUACAGCUCUAGCUGAACAGUGCCAGGUGUUGUCCCAGGUGAAAUUUACUAUUCAGGAGCAAAAUAAUCAUUUGCUGUCUCAGAAUAAUGCAUUAACCCAAGACAAUCGUGAAUUAUUAGAGAAGAGUCUGGAAAGUGGAGCUUUAAGACAAGAGGAGGAAAGACGCUACAGAGAGAAAUUGACAGAGUUGAAACAUGAGAAGCAAAAACUACUUGAUAAGAUCAUGGAUCAGUAUCGAGUACUGGAACCAGCUCCUGCAGUGCACAGUAACAAGAGGAGUAACUGGAUAACGGAUAAAAUGAAGAGACUCCUGAAGACCAAGGAAAAGCCUUCAAGAGGCCUUGGAGACACACCACGCUUUCUGAACCCUCCUAACGAGCCUUUCUUGGAGCCAAACAGUCCAUCAAAAGCUGAAGAUGGGGUUCUUCGUCGCAGUAGAAGCUCGCUCAGUGUCUCUAGCCAGUCCUACCAGAUGACACCUCGUUUUCGUCGUGUAAAGUUAAGCUCCACCAUUCGCGGCAGUGAAUCAUUCAGCGUAGCAGAUACUUCUCCCAGAGAUAAAUUUCGCCUGAGACAGAGGGGGAAAACACAUGACAGUGAAGAUGAAGAUACAGCAUCUGAAGGAAAGAGAGACAGCAAAGGCGAAAAUACACCGUAGAGGCCAAAAGUACCAGUUGGGAUGAAACAUAUUUGAGGAGACUUGUCAUUUAUUUACCCAUAACACAAUAAAGUCUGGAUGCAUACAGGGACGUUUAUUAAGACUUGUAUUUUAUAUGCUGCUCUUAAUCUGAGGUCUGUUAGCAUAAAAUGCACCACAAUUAUUUAAGAGUCUCAUGCCUCUUAAUAACGGCCAGUCCAUGCACCAGAACUGAAAACUACAACAACUAGAAGCUCGUGUAGACUUCAGGCAUCAUUUAAAUUAUAUCUCAGUGUUUUAAUUAAUGUCCCAGGCCACCUAGGCCCCAACCUGACUUUUUUUUUGUCUUGGAUAGGCUGUUUGUUACAUGUUUUUUUUCCCCUAUAAACACAUUUUCUAUUAGUGCAUAUAAACAUAUAGAGAUUACAAAUUACAAUGUAGAGCAAAAGGAUGACAACCAGUUCAAGAACUGAGCCCCAAUAUCUGGCAUCUAUUAAAUAGACCAAACAAUUGUAGAUAGUAAGAUAAGGCAACUCUGUCCAUUGAUGGUUGCUGAAGGAAAUACCACAGUUUUUGUUGCACUAUUUCAUAAACUCAUCAAUACUUUUCCUCUGUAUAAAAGGGAAGCCCUGGUUGCUAUGGAAGUAAUGUGAUAUAUAAGUAUAUACUAUCAUUAUUUGUUACCAAUAAAACUAAUAAAUUAAAUAUCACUAUAAGCUACCCAUAGAAUGAAAUGUUUUUAAAACUAUCCUUUAUACUGUGGACAUUGGUGCUCCCACCCACAUUAUAAAUUAGAAGUGGAGGGCAGAGGACUUACUCAGAUUGCAAAUUAAAAUAAUAAUAUAUCUUUUCGAUUCACAUGCUACAGAAAUCUGUUUAAGGGUGCUUUCACACAUUGGUUUUUAUGGCAUUUUCUGCACUUUUGUAUUUUUUUGUUUACCCUGUUUUUAAGUUUUUCAGAAUAUAACAUAUUAAGCUAUCAGGUAUGUGAAUAAUCAUUCUACAGGAUCACACAGGAUCAAUUUAACAUUGAACAGAUACAGCCGUCAAUCAAUGUUGCUCGAACUGCUCACAUCACGCCGUAAUGAAUCAGUACAUAUUAAGGUAGUCAUUUGUAACUGAAGCACAAUGUAAACUGUAAUAAAGUGUGUGAUUGCAAUAAAA